GUACUGAUUACACAAACACACACGAAACUAAAAAUCUCAUCAUUUCUAUUUUUCUUCUCAUUUUCUUCUAUUUUUCUUUUUCUCUUUAUUUUUUUCACCAACCAACAACCGCCGCUAAAUAUGUCCACCGCCAAUCCCUCCGACACCGACACGGCGUCUCCGCCAUCUCGUCCGACCAUCACGCUCCCGCCUCGUCCUUCCGUCGAAGCAUUCUUCGCCGGUGCCGCUAGUCCUGGACCGAUGACACUGGUUUCAAGCUUCUUCGCUACUGAAUCCGCUACUUUCUCUCAGCUUCUCGCCGGAGCUAUGGCUUCUCCGCUUGCGUACUCCUCCGCCGCGGCGGAGAAUUACUUCGUUAAAGAAGAUGAUGUGGUGAACAGGAAUUCGGGGUUUAAACAGAGUCGACCGAUGAACUUGAUUGUUGCGCGGUCACCGGUUUUUACUAUUCCGCCGGGUUUGAGUCCGUCAGGGUUUCUUAACUCGCCUGGGUUCUUUUCUCCACAGAGCCCCUUUGGGAUGUCACACCAACAGGCCUUAGCACAGGUUACAGCUCAAGCUGUCCUAGCACAAUCUCAUAAUAUGCACAUGCAACCUGAAUAUCAGCUGGUCUCAUUAGAACCUCCCACCGAACGACUGAUAGAGCAGCCGUCUUUUACUCGAAAUGAAGCUUCAGAGCAGCAAGUGGCAGCGCCUGUAUCAGAAUCUAGAAAUGCUCAAAUGGAAACGUCGGAAGUUACUCAUUCUGAUAAAAAAUAUCAACCACCUUCCCUACCGAUUGACAAACCUGCAGAUGAUGGCUACAACUGGCGCAAGUAUGGACAGAAGCAGGUUAAGGGGAGUGAGUAUCCGCGGAGCUACUACAAAUGCACGCAUCUGAAUUGUCCCGUCAAGAAAAAAGUUGAGCGUGCCCCUGACGGUCACAUAACUGAAAUUAUCUAUAAAGGCCAGCAUAAUCAUGAGAAGCCUCAGGUAAAUAGGCGCGUCAAAGAAAAUAGUGAUGUGAAUGGAAAUGCAAACGUUCAAACUAACUCAAACUCACAAGGUUGGUUUGGAAAUUCAAACAAAACUAGUGAAAGUAUACGUGAUUGUUCAGUGCCUGAAAGUGACCUGAUCUCCAAUCAAGGGGCUUCUAGGCCACUACCGGGAUCAAGUGAAAUUGUGGAAGUGGAUGAUGCAGACAAUAAGGAAGAGGGAGGCGACUCUGGGCCAAACCCAAAGAGAAGGAGCAUUGAGCCUGUGGUUGCUGAAGCACCUGCGUCUCAGAAGACUGUCACAGAACCCAAAAUCAUUGUGCAAACAAGAAGUGAAGUUGAUCUUUUAGAUGAUGGCUACAGGUGGAGAAAGUACGGUCAGAAAGUGGUGAAGGGAAAUCCUCAUCCAAGGAGUUAUUACAAGUGCACUAGUGCAGGGUGCAACGUGCGCAAACACGUUGAGAGAGCAUCAACGGACCCAAAAGCUGUCAUAACUACGUACGAGGGAAAACAUAAUCACGAUGUCCCUGCUGCUAGAAACAGCAGUCACAAUACAGCUAAUAGCAAUUCAAUGUCAUCAAAGCCACAGGCUAGGGUGCCAGAGAAACAUCCUUUGCUUAAAGAUAUGGAAUUCGGAAACAACGAUCAGAGACCUGUACAUUUACGCUUAAAAGAAGAGCAAAUCAUAGUAUAAAAGCCUCGUGCAAGAAUCAGCGGCGCCAGGAUCAGAAAUACAAUACACCUGGUAUAUAGACUGAAGCUGUGUAGAAGAUGAAUUGGUUGUAAGAACAUGUUUAAUGUUUUCUAGCUUCUUUUGUAUGUAUAACACCUUUUUUUGUAUAUUGAAAUUGUGGAAUUGCUUCUGUAUAAGAUAUUGUUCAAAUGUAUGAAGAUCAUUUCAACUGAUCUAUGGACAUUAUAUUAUAAAUUCAUAAACCAUGAUGCUCUUGGUACUGUCUAAUAAAAUUGAAAAGUUGGUAUCA